UUGGCGCGCUUCGGCUGGUUACUGCUUCCGUUUUCCGGUGCCUUCCCAACCGGAAGUUGGCUACCCAUUGUCAGAAGGAAGCCGUCUGGAGACGGUGCAGUAUUAUCUUCCAGAACAGCAUUCCUGUUGUAACAAGAUGAUAGAUCCCAUAGAGAGCAAUCUAUUUGAUCUUCCCAGCUAUGAACAAAUCGAGGAUGAAGCCUUUCUGCCUCUGCCACCUCCUGAUUCUCCUGCGGGAGAUGCUGAGGCCGACCUGGUUAAUGGAGAACAAGAGGGAAACAAAGCCAAGGAUUCCCCUGUGACGACCAGAAGAACUGUAAAAAGACCCUUGCCCAAACUAGAUGCUCAAAGGCUAAUUUCUGAGCGAGGACUUCCUGCUUUGCGAAGUAUGUUUGAUAAUAUAAAAUUCAAAGGUAAAGGCCAUGAGGAAGCCGACCUGCAAACCCUCAUAAGGCACAUGGAGCACUGGGCGCAUAGGCUCUUCCCGAAACUUCAGUUCGAGGAGUUUGUCGACAGGGUCGAAACCCUGGGAAAUAAAAAGCCAGUCCAGGCCUGCUUAAAGCGAAUUAGACUCGAUCUGCCCAUUUUACAUGAAGACUUCUCAACUAACGAAGGCGAAGAUGCAGGAAACGACAGGCUGAACACCGAAGAAGUAGAUGCAUUUUCUGAAAUCCAGAAGACAAGAGAAGGCUGUGGUUCACGUGUAGUUCCGACUUUAACGGAGGAGCAACAGCAGAGGAUCGAGAGGAACAAGCAGUUAGCCCUCGAAAGGAGGCAAGCAAAAAUGCAGCUGGGGAGUCAGUUGCAAGAACACGAGUUUAGCGAAGACUAUAACCAUUUUGUGGCCCAGGAGCCGGACGAUGGGGCCUCGCUAGAAACGGAAAGCCCGGCUUUCCAAACUUCUCCAAAGGCACAAAGUAUGGAAGAUGAUGAAUGACUUAGAACUGGGCUUGGAUCGAGCGACAAAGGACUUGAAAUCACCAGUGGCAUCUCCUUCUUCUUCAUUCCUUGCUGCUAAAAGGAUUUUGAUUAAUAAGUGCAUUUUCUCCCUUUUUUUGUAAACAACUGUAAGGACUUUUUGGUGCUAACCUUCGUUAGAGGAGAGAGUCGUGUUAUCAUUAAAAAAAUGUUCUUUGAAAUGUUUGGUCUUUCCAUUUGAAAAGGAGAAAGGCUUAUAGAUGAAAGCGGCAAGAGUUCCCUGUGAGCGCAAAAGCGUCCACACAGGAGGCUCUUAGAGAGAACUAUCUCCUUUUUACUUUUGUGUGGUGACAUGUUUGUAGCACUGUCCUUGUUUUAUAUGGGAAAUAAACAGUAAAAUCUUGGAAAUCAAAA